CAACUAUGUCUUCCGCACCUCCGACACCAUCGUCAGCUAGUAGCACGGUAUCCGCCUCUAGCAGAGAUACCGCGCUCACCACCGAGCUCGACAACCUAAAGAACCAAAACAGCACUUCCAACAACAACAUCAACACCAACAACAACGACAACGAAGCAGCGCAAGACAACCGCCUCCGCGACGUCGACGGCAUAACCUUCGACCCCAGCAUAGCGCAAGGCCUGCAAAUGAUCCCACUCACAGGCCCACAGCGCCGGCACCGCACAAGCUACAUCUGGCGGUACGGAUUCCUAGCCCAAGACCGGCUCUCACGCAAGCAAUACUGGAUCUGCAAGCUCUGCCACUCGGCAGGCCGCCACAAAGCCUUCCAAACAACAACAACCUCGCACCCCAACAAGCACCUCCGCCGGCACGUCUUCGACACCCGCGACGACCGCAUCGACGCCCGCCGCACCCCCGACAUCUCCCUCAUGUCCGCUGCCGCUGCCCGUCUGUUCCGCGCUGCCGACGAAGAGGAGUUCCGCUUUGUUACAUAUCGCCCGCCGUUUACAGGCAUCCCGUCCCCGACUUCGCCCCCGGGCCGCGCUAUGCCACCACCGCCGACGCAGGCGAGGCAGCCGCCCGCUGCUGCUCCUGCGCCCGCGCCGCCGUACUCGUCGAUUCCGUCGCGCGGGACGAUUGCUGUUCCUGAUGAGGACCGCUCGCUUGCGCGCCAGCUGGAUGUUGCUGCGAGAGGGGAUGCGCGAGGCGGUGGUUUGGGCCAUGGCUAUGCUUCGAGUGCGCCGCCGCCGCAGCAGCAGCAACAGCACCAGCCGCAACAGCACCAGCAUCAACAUCAACAUCAGGAUCCGCAGCAGCUCCGGGCGCAGUGGGAGCAGCUGCUGGAUUUCGUGUAUACGCAGAAGAAAGACGUCGAUGCCGAUGCGGAGCUGAGGCGCAUGUUUGGUGAGUUGGGCGCGCUGGCGAAGAGGGGGGAUGAGGAGGCGUUUCGGAGGAAGAAGGUCCAGAUUCGCUCGUAUGUUAUGUGGUGAGAGCUGUGAGAAUUGUGGCUUUUUUUUUUUUUUUUUUUUUUUUU